UGACAUUUAUGUUCUAGAGUUUUAUUCGGUAUUUUCGUACGGAAUUGCGAUUACGCUUAACGAAACCAAACAAUACAUACAGAGUAAAAUAUAAUUAUAAAAGAAUCUUUAUCUUUGAAAUAGCGAGGGAACGUUAAUUACAUUUUCAAAAUGGUGUAUGUGAAUAAGGAUGGUACAGUGGUGCAAAAAGCUCCAUUUACAUCAUUCAAGUGGUUUUGGGGUAUAGUGUACUUCUUUUAUUAUCUAUUUCAGACACUGAUCAACCCAAACUUUAAUAAGCACGGUGAUAAAUAUGUGACUGAUUAUCGUCCACCAGGCAGUGGACCUCCAAAACCACCAUCAAGGAAGUUCGGAGGUUUCGGCCCCUCUUCGUCAGGCCCAGCCCCUCCACCAAUGGGAGGGUGUGGAUGUGGCUAAUUUGUGUAAAGCAAAAUUUAGAGUACAAUAAGUAACAUUAAAUAAUGAUUUUCCUGCAACAAUCCAUUAAUGCCUAAUUAAUUAAACUAAAAACAAAAUUUUAACUAUUUUUUUAUGUUUAAAUUUCUUUUGUGAUAAGAUAACUUGUAAUUUAAUGCAGUGUUCUCUUAGUGAGUUAAAAUUUUUAGGCGUUUAGUUGUAUAUCAUUUACUGAAAUAUUAUACUCUUAUAAAUUUAAUAUUUUUACCAUACAUGUAUUUGUGUGGUACAUUCCUAUAUUAUAUUUAGAUGUCUCAUAAAACUAAAAUGAUGGGAUGUUAAAAAAAUCUAGUUAUUUAGUAAAGUUUAAUAUUAAUCUAUUAAUUAUAUGUCACAAUAUAUAGAUCUGUAAGUCUUUAU